AUGGAUUCAUGUCCUCGACCGGAGCUGUUUGAUUUCCAUGGAGUCUGGAUGAGCCAUCUUUUCACUGAAAACUGGGAGGAUGUCCAAAACUUCCAGGCCAGGCCAGAUGAUGUUCUUAUUGCAUCAUACCCCAAAGCUGGGAGCACUUGGCUCUGCCAAAUCACUGACCUGCUGUAUUUUAGUCAAACGACUCCAGAGCGGGAAAAAAAACUUCAAAUCUAUUGGCGAGUACCCCAUCUAGAGGCCAGUUCCUGUUCCUGGAUGAAAGGGACAGACAUGAUAAACAAUCUCCCCAGCUCUCCUCGGCUGAUGAGGACUCAUCUUCCUGUCCACUUCCUACCAAAGUCCUUUUUUGAGCAAAACUGCAAGAUCAUUUAUGUUGGUCGCAAUGCCAAAGACAGCGUGGUGUCUUAUUACCACUUUGAACGAAUGAGCUUGUUAUGUCCUGAGCCUGGAGACUGGAGCAGUUACGUCCAGAGGUUCAUGGAGGGGAAGAUGGUGCUUGGAUCCUGGUAUGACCAUGUGUCUGGCUGGUGGGAGAAAAAGAAGACGUAUCCAAAAAUCCAUUACAUGUUCUACGAGGAUUUGAUUGAAGACACUGGACGAGAAAUUGACAAACUCUGCGACUUUCUUGGGCUGACUUCCUCUGUUGAGGAGAGGGAAGGAAUUGCGGGACGAGCUCAGUUUAGUAGUAUGAAAAAAGACAGCAUGGCCAACUACUCCACACUUCCUGUAAUGGACUUUAAAAUAUCUCCUUUCAUGAGAAAAGGAAAGGUCGGAGACUGGAAGAACCAUUUCACUGUUGCCCAGAAUGAAGAGUUUGAUGAAGACUACAAGAAAAAGAUGAAUGACCCGUCACUCAGGUUUCGCACUUUAAUUUGA